GCUAUGCCGGAAAGUGCUGGGAGCCCUGGCGGAGCCGAAGGGACCCAGACAGCCCUGGAGUUGGAAGUCCCGUCUCGGGGAAGCUCUCCGUGCUCGGAGCAAAUGCCCGGCACCACGGAAGAGGUGUAUCGUGCCGAAGGGUUAGAAGGCUAUCCGGGGGAGGCACCGGUGCAGUAUGGUGUGAGUUAUCCUUGUCUUCUGCGUCAAAACCAAGUGCUUCUGACAGCCCUAGAGGAGUUGCAGAUGCGCUGUGCCAGCCUGAAGAAGGAAAACAGUCUGCUGUGUAGGACCUGCUUCCCAGAGACUCAGGAGAAGGUGAGGCAUUUGAAGAGGAAGAAUGCAGAGCUGGCGGUCAUUGCAAAACGUCUGGAGGAGAGGGCCAGGAAGCUGCAAGAGGCCAACCUCAGAAUGGUGAAUGCACCAAUAAAUGUGAAGAGCUCCUGUGCAGGACUGUGCAAAAGAGCGCUGGCACGCCAACGGGCCACAGAUCUCCAAGAACAAGCCAAUGCACUCCUGAUGAAAGACAAACAGAUCAAUGCUCUGCAGAGGGAAUGUCAAGAACUUCAAGCUAAAAUCAUGGGUGGAAAGGAAGGUCCUCCAUGCCUGCCUCUUCUAGAUUUCCAGCAUUUACUCCGAGAAUCUCAGAAGGAAGUGCUGCGGUUACAGAGACAGAUUGCUUUGAAGAAUUUUAAGGCAGCCCUGGAGCCCUCUGGCCAGGGAUCAGGAGACAUUGCUGUAGAUUUUGCAGUGGACUUGGGGCUCACCACAUCAGCCAAUACUACCUGCUCAAAUGGUUUUUCUCCUACAAGGGUAUCACAGCCAUGGGAGGAACUGUGCAUAGCAGUGGAGGAGACCAGCCAGGUAAAUCCUUUGAACUCCUUCCAGUUUAUAAUCAUGCAUCUUGUCUACUUUUUAAUUAUCCACACGCUGGACAAUCUAGAACAAAAUCCACCAUUCUUAAACUACCAGAUUGCUAAAUCCACCUGUGCUAUCUCACAUGGGAUACGGAGUUUGCUGUUUUACUAUUCCAUUGGUCUGCUACAGUUCUGAAAUAGUAAAAACAUUCAACUGGAAGUGGGGCAUAUUUGAGAAAAGAACUGCAGGAGGAAUGACAAUUAAAUAUGUCAUUCUCUUAUGUAAUGGUCUGCAUUUCCUGU